AUGACAUCCCAAACAGGCACCGGCUUCCUCAAGUUCAACAGCCUUCCCCCAAGACUCCACCUCACCGCCGACGACGACGACUUCGACCCCACCCUCCUCGCCCACUUCCACUCCGAAGGCUACGACGUAACCUACCUCCCCCUGGGCGCCGGCGGAAAACCCUACCGCAACGAACUCGCCCACCUCGCCGACGACCUCGAACUCGGCGAGUCCUACGCCAUCGUCGCCUUCGGCCACGCCGCGGCCGAGUGUCUGGACUUCCACAUCAAGCCGCAGCCGAAACUCGCCGCGCUCGUCGCGUACUACCCCUCGUCCAUCCCGAACCCCAAGACGAAGUACCCGCCGCAUUUGGAGGUCUUGUGCCAUAUCGCCGGCACGCAGGGGUUCGCGCCGGCGUUUCCGAGUUUUACGUAUCGGGGCGCGGAGCCUGGGUUUGCGGAGCAUGAUUUGGAGACGUUUGAUAAGGUGGCGGCGGGGUUGGCGUGGAGUCGGACGUUGGGGUUGGUGAGGAAGGGGUUUAAGUUGGUGGGGGAGAUUGAUCUGGUGCCGGUGAGGGAGAGGCAUACGGCGAGUGUCUAUGCGAGGAGAGAUGCGGAGGGGGCGUUGAGUGGGAUGACGGAGGAUGCGUAUGUGAAUAAUGUGGCGACGAUGACGGGUGGUAUUGGCCAGAGGGAGUUGUUGUCUUUCUACAGAGACUACUUCAUCCCGCAGAAUCCGCCUUCGCUCAACAUGAAGCUCGUCAGUCGGACGGCGGGCGUCGACAGAGUGGUCGACGAGUUCAUCGUCUCGUUCAAACACACACAGGUCGUGGACUGGAUUCUUCCCGGUGUCCAGCCGACCAACAAGCAAGUGCACGUCGCAGUCGUGAGCAUCGUCUGCGUGCGUGGCGGGAAACUCUGUCAUGAGCACGUGUACUGGGAUCAAGCGUCGGUGUUGGUGCAGGUUGGCUUGCUGGAUCCAAAGUUGGUCCCGGAGUCGUUCAAGAAACAGGGACUUAAGCGCUUGCCGGUUUAUGGGAGCGAGACGGCGAGCAAGAUACUGGAUGAGGAAAUCCAGCCUAGCAACGCGCUCAUUGCUAGUUGGAACGACAAGGCAUCGGGAAAGGGGAAGCAGCUCCCAAACAGACCCAAGCCGGCCGCCAACGGAGGGCAGGCUAGUGAUACGUGA